CUGGCACGACAGCGGGCACCGAGUCACCUGGCACGACAGCGGGCACAGAGUCAUCUGGCAGAAUAUCAGGCACAGAGUCAUCUGGCAAAACAGCGGGCACUGGGUCACCAAGCUCGACAGCAGGCACCGAGUCACCUGGCACGACAGCAGGCACCGGGGCGUCAGGCUGGACCACGGGCGCCAGGCUGGACCACGGGCGCCGGGUCAUCAGGCUGGAUCAUCAGGCUGGGUAGGAACAUCAGGCUGGGUAGGAACAUCAGGCUGGGUAGGAACAUCAGGCUGGACGGCAGGCUGACCGAUUUAGAUACUGGCAAGAUG